AUGAACGGGCCCACCCUGCAGUCCUCCUCGGCCUCGUCGUCUGCGUCCUCGGCCUCCACCUCGGCGGCGGCCGCCCCGUCCCCGCGGGGCUGGAGCGAGUUCUGCGAGCUGCACGCCGUGGCCGCGGCCCGGGAGCUGGCCCGGCAGUACUGGCUCUUUGCGCGCGAGCACCCACACCACGCGCCACUGCGCGCCGAGCUCGUGUCGCUGCAGUUCACCGACCUCUUCCAGCGCUACUUCUGCCGCGAAGUGCGCGAGGGCCGGGCGCCUGGGCCGCCGGCACCCCGGGCCGCCCCCGCCGCCCCCACGCGCGACUACCGUGAGACGGGCCGCGGAUCCCCGGCCAAGGCCGAGGCGGCCCCAGCCGAGCCAGGCGCCGGCCCCACCGCCCCCACCCCCGGCCUGCCCAAGGCCCGCAGCUCCGAGGAGCUGGCCCCGCCGCGGCCGGCCGCCACCUGCUCGCUCCAGCACCUGCGCCACAGCCUCCGCCACAUCUUCCGCCACCGCUCGGCCGGCGAGCUGCCCGCGGGCCCCGUCGCCACCAACGGGGAGGCCGGCGAGGCCCCGGCCAGGCCCGGCCUGGCCAGGAAGCUCCUGCCCUGGAGCCUGGCUCGGGAGCCGCCGCCCGAGGCCCUCAAGGAGGCGACGCUGCGGUACAGCCUGGCCGACGAGGCCUCCAUGGACAGCGGGGCGCGCUGGCAGCGGGGGCGGCUGGCUUUGCGGCGCGCGGGCCCCGACGGCGCAGACCACCUGCUCGAGCUCUUCGACCCGCCCAAGAGUUCAAAGUCCAAGCUACAAGCAGCCUGCUCCAGUAUCCAGGAGAUCCGGCGAUGCACACGUCUUGAGAUGCCUGACAACCUGUACACCUUUGUGCUAAAGGUGAAGGACCGGACAGACAUCAUCUUUGAUGUGGGAGAUGAACAGCAGCUGAAUUCGUGGAUGGCCGAGCUCCGGGCAUGCACAGGCCAAGGACUCGAGACCACAGACCCAGAGCCGCACUUUCCCUCAGCCACAGAACCCGGCAUGGCUGACUCUCCAAGGGGAAGCACAGAUUCUUUGAACCAAGCUGCUUCUCCUGGGGCGCUGCUGGAUCCAGCCUGCCAGAAAACAGAUCACUUCCUGUCCUGCUACCCCUGGUUCCAUGGUCCCAUCUCCCGGGUGAAGGCGGCUCAGCUGGUCCAGCUGCAAGGUCCUGAUGCUCACGGAGUGUUCCUGGUGCGGCAGAGCGAGACGCGGCGUGGGGAGUAUGUGCUCACGUUCAACUUCCAGGGCAUAGCCAAGCACCUGCGCCUGUCGCUGACCGAGCGGGGCCAGUGCCGAGUGCAGCACCUCCGCUUCCCCUCAGUCGUGGACAUGCUCCACCACUUCCAGCGCUCGCCUAUCCCCCUCGAGUGCGGGGCUGCCUGUGACGUCCGGCUGUCCAGCUACGUGGUUGUCGUCUCCCAGCCACCAGGUUCCUCCAACACUGUUCUGUUCCCUUUCUCCCUCUCUCGCUGGGAUUCAGAGCUGGGCCUUCCCCACCUUAGCGCUUCUGGCUGUCCACGGGGUCUUGGCCCAGAGGGUCUCCCAGGCCGAUCCUCUCCCCCAGAGCAGAUCUUCCACCUGGUGCCUUCGCCUGAGGAACUGGCCAACAGCCUGCGGCACCUGGAGCCCGAGCCCGCCAGUCGAGCCCGGGACUCAGACUAUGAAAUGGACUCCUCCUCCCGGAGCCGCCUACGGGCCAUAGACAAUCAGUACACGCCUCUCUGAUGGGCCUCAUGCUGCCCAGAGGAGCACAAGCAAGCAGAGAUGUGAACUUGUGAAUGUAACUUUCUUUCCUUCCUUCCAGAGAGAGAUUCAAGGGACACUUUUAACUGCUCAUUCCAGUUUGGAUGUGACCCUUCUAUUAGGCCUGUUGAAGGGCCUCCUACAAGUUCCAUUCUUACCUGGCUUUCUCCUUAUUGUUUACAGACGUAGUUCUUGUUCGAGGAUGUCCCUAGGACCAGGCCCCAUCACUCUUGAGAGGCGGCUGGGGUGGGCGGGCCGGAGUUGGCAGUGGAAACUACUUCUCUUUUUCACUGACACUGUCUGUCCCAGCUGACAGACUUUCUACUUGGGGAGGGGGCCCAUAUGGAAGCCCAAAACACUAACAAGCCCUGGAUUCUGCCGUGGUUUUUCCCACUGUAGCGUCAGUCCAGGUGGCAGGUCUGCUGUACCCAAGCCACAGGUGACCACACCUAUCCUGCUUCCACUCUCAGCUUUAGGACAAAGUUCUGGCAGAUGGACAAGCUAAAGGUCAAAAAUGAUUUUAAAACAUUUUUACCUCAGAUUAAUUUUUCAAAGAAUUCAGGUUUCAAAAUUAAA